AUGUCUUUCAGUCCCAACAAUAGUACCUAUUAUGACACAAUCCGCAGUUAUUGGAGGCCGUUUUCUCCAUUACAAUGUAUUCCAUGGUUAGCUGUGUUGGGUACUGAAUGUCUGACCAUUGUCAUCCUCAAUGUCAUCAUCAUCAUUGUAUUUGUGAAGCAGCGCCAGCUUCAGCGCCAUAGUAAAUACUUGAUCAUCCACCAGGCCAUAGUAGAUCUCUUGGUCGGUUUGGUGUACGGGCCUCUGAUGAUUGAAUGGUGCGGAAACAUCUGUGAUAUGUGGGAACACCAUAGAACUUUUAUCACUUGGUCAUUUAUUCUGGAAAAUGUUUUAGGUUUACAAGUUUAUCAAGUUUCCCUUCUUAACCUCGCUUUCAUAUCAUUAGAACGUGUACACGCUACAUUUCGUCCUUUCAAGCAUCGUUUCAUCAAGAAAUGGGUUUAUGGAGUGAUUGUAACAGUCACUUGGUUGGUGCCUGCCGUCAUGAACUCAAUGUCAACAGGAAUAGUGCCCUCUAUUUUUUUCUUCACCUACUAUGCAAUAAUCGUUUUUGCAUUUUAUUUUACCCUACUUUUGGUCGUCGUUGUAUGUUAUACUUCUAUCUGUCUCAAAGUCCGUAAGAAUCGUCUUCCUCGACACCAUGGUACUGCCAUUGUGAGAGAGAGGAAACUGACGGGUACUUUAUUUCUUGUCACUUGUGGAUCGUUAAUUACGUUCCUGCCAGAAAUUGUUUACUGGGGUUCUUGCGCUUCCAGUCCCGAGCUUGUUUUCAGCUUACUUAAUCAGCCAUUAUUUAAUUAUUUUAUGGUAACGAAAACAUUUGUAGCGGCCAACUCGUUGAUAAAUCCUAUAAUCUAUGCUAUACGAAUGCCUGAGGUAAGAACAAGCAUGUUAGUAAUCAUUUUCCGUAGGGCUCGGAAUCCUAUAAAUCCAAUCGAUUUCCCACUUCAAAAUCUUUAA